CAACUGAUGCCUGAUGGCGUUACUGUUGUAUAAAUAUAAUUGUGGCUUUUUUUUUCUAAAUUUAAAUAUAUAUACUUAGCAACAAUAAAAUGUAAUGAGCAUUACUGCGUUAUGAUUAUCAUCAAUAAUGGAUUUAAAUUCAUAUUCACAGCACCGAGAUAUGAAAGUUGAUAAUGAUACGAUGGAUUGUUUAUUAAAUGAAUUUGCUGAAAAAAAUGUUAAGUUGGAAUUAAUGAAAGAAUUAGCGAGUAAAAGUGAAAGUAAUCUUAGGAGAAGAGAAGAAGAUUUCAAAAAUAUGGAGAAAAAAUUGGACAGUCUUCAUAAUAGUAUUUUUAAAAUGGAAAACGAUUUAUGUGAAUCAAUAUGGAAAUUUGUAGCUGAACAUGAUUUCGCAUCAGUAAUUAACAAGUUUCUAGAUGAGCCCACGAUAAAUUAUCAAGAAAACAAUAACAAGUCUUUAAGAAAAAUCUCCAAAAUAAAAAGUGACGUACAGACAAUAAUUUCAGACAUCACUGACAUAAAGAUAGACAUCGACAAAUCAUUGAUAGAAAUCCAUGAAAAAUUAACCAGACAAAUUGACACAGUCCCAAAAAAAUUAAAUGACUCAACAGAUUUUAUUAGAGAAAUAAAAAUUGAAGACAAAAAAGAUUUUAUAAAAAUUGAAAAAGAGCCGGAUUCAAAAACUCAAAUGAAAUUUGAAACCCCGCGUCCGAGUAUGAAGUCCUCGAGAUUUUCAGUGAAGAAAAAGACGCCCAUCUGCAAAAAAUUUGAAAUGUCUUCUUGAUUAAAUUAAUAAUAAUAUUGGAGACUUGUAGGAAUAAUAAAUGUAAUGAAUUACACAGUACAUUUUGUAUAUUUAGAAAUAUUUUAUACAGUAAUAUUCAUCUUAUUUUUCAUCAUCUUUGUUUUCAAUAUACAUUGAAGGACAUUAACAUUAAAUUUUAUUAAAAUCAUACUCAUAAUAUCAUGCCAAUCAGGCUACUUAACAGGAUCAUAAAUUUAGAUAAAUCAACUCAUUUCCCUCGUCGUUCAAACAAUCAUUACAAUUGUUACAUAAUAAUAAUAAUUAGUUUAUUUUUUUUUGUUUUUCCAUUUAGUUUUUUGGUGUCGAAAAGAAAACUACCAAAAUGGCACAGUCGAUUGUGAAAAAUUAAUUAAAAUAUAUAUAAUUUAAUUACCUAUCUUCAUUAUAUUAUUAAUAUUAUUAUUAUUACUAAAAUGAUGUAUGAUAAAAAAAAAAGGUUUUACAUUUUCAGUAAAUCUAUACGACAAUGAAAGACUUUAUGUAAUAAACAUUAACAAUUAUUUAGAUAAAAUAACAUUACAAUAUUUAAAAAAUAUAUUCGAAUAAAAAAUGAAAUCUCUUAACCAUAAUAAUUAAUUAAUUAAUAAAUGUUAUGACAAUAUAGAUGAGAGUUGUGCGUGUAGUUAUUUUAAAAUAUCUUAGAUUACAUCAAACGUGAUUUAAAAGAUGCUGCACCAAAGCCUCGGGGCUCAUUUUUUUACUCAACUGUAACAUUUGCAUAAAAAUAAAUCAUUCACAAUUUUUUAAUAAUUCAUUUAAUUUAAAUA